AUGUUGAGGUCUCCAAGUGGCUACAGCUCGUCAAGCGCAGAUCACAUCGAAGGUGCCGUGAACAACUGCCUGAGGGGACUGGGCAGAUCCCGAUGCCUUGUGGUCACUUCAGGUGCUCGUUGGACAGGUCGACAGCCAAGCUUCCCUGGUGCUAAGGUUCUUCAGAUUGACUGCAGGCAUUUCCAUGAUCCUGACAGCGACAGAUCGAUCCGAGGUUGCACUGGACGACAUCCUAGCAUUAUCCGAGGAGUUGCACUUCAUGAGGCAAUGAAUGACCUCGUUGAGCAGGUGACAGAUUUCUUGAGGGCUAACCCGAAUGGGAAGCUCGUGAUCCACUUGUACUGCACCAGUGGUCGUCAUCGCAGUGUUGGAUUGGCAGCUUUGAUCUACUACUUCUUGGACGUGACUGAUUGGAGGAAGCCUUUGCUGAUCCAUUAUCACAGCCCGGAGUGGCGUGAGAUGACUUGUGGAGGUCAUUGCAGUCUUUGUGCAACAGCCGACACCAGAGAGCUUGGAAACUUGAUGAACAGGCAUCUUCCUGACGUGCGUGUUGUGGAUGUGGAUGAACCUGAUAGGGCCUACUACAACGGCGACGAGAUCUAUCCCCACGUUGACACCAUCCAGGACUAUGCCAGUUCCAGUCCGUGUAUGUUCCAGCAUAUCCACCUCCAAGCCGUAGUGCUGGAGACUCAUCUCGUGGAGGAGCACAUCACGAAGGAGACGAACGAGGCCGUGAUUAUGGAGGACAAGACCGACCAGAAGAAGAUCCUCUUCGAGCGGCAGGCGUGGUCGGCGAUCUCGAAGCAGCCACCGAUUCGACACCCAUGUGAUGAGUCUCAGCGUCAGCGACUUGAGAGGGAACUCCGCGACAUCUUGAACGACAACAGCGGAGACCCAUAUCGCUGGAAUGUCGAUGAAGACAUCCUUUCUUGGAUCAUCUCUUCUGCAAAACUGUGGGGAAACAGAGAUCGGGUGAUCUGGAUUACAGACCCCAGCCUUCCUCAUGAGGAGCAGCAGCAGCAAGGCAUCAGGGUGGACAUCAAGCUCAGAUCCCACGUGAGGAGCACUUUGAUUUCAGGUGGCAAAUGGAUGAAUCGACAGGGUUGGGUGAAAUCGUCAUUGUAUCGACCACGUGAUUCCGCAGGAACAUUGUGGAACAGACUUCAACGGGAAGAAGCUGUUGGAGAGAACGUCGAUCUCCCGACUACUUGGGCCGAUUUGGUGAUCUUCUCACAUCGAGACGUGCGCCCGCGAGCAUAUACGGGGCGCGUGGUUUUGUUGUCAGGUGAUCAGGGUUUUGAGGGCAGUAUCGCACCAAAACCGGAGCCCCAAAACGCACCAAAAACGGAGCCCCAAAAGAGCCAGAAAUAUGUCCCCAAAACAAAAGUCCAUUCGCAGAGUCGAAAGAAUCCUCCAACUCCACCACAGCCAAGUCGGUUUAUGAUUUGUACAGAUGAUGACAUGUUCAAGGGAAACCCCAAGAUUCAGACCCCGAAAGAUGAGUCAACCGACUAUAGCACAAGUUCAUCCGAUGAGAGCCCUGUUGCCAAACCUGUGAAAAGCAAAUCCUCCAAUGGAAAGCCUUGUCAUGAGAAAACCCCCAAGGAUGAAGUGAUCAUCAAAACCGAACCCGGUGAUGUACUGCCAGUUGGACUCAUGGCCAGAGAUCCAGAUGGUCCCAACAUGCAUGAAGUUGUUCUGGACUCUGACACCGAUGUUGAAGUGCAUGAACAUGGUCCAAUUGCCAUCCAACCCAAUUAG